AUGGAGUAUGUACAAAUAGAAAGUCUGGAAUGUGGACCUGGGGCAAAUCCCGCCAAUUUCGACGUUUUGUACGAAGGAUGUGCGUGUUUGGGACCAUGUACUGCUGAUUCUGGUUGUACUUGUCUUCUUUACAGGAAAGAUAUAUUUGUUAAUCAAAAUUUUAUCAAAAAUGUUGAAGACCCAUUACCCAUAUUGGAAUGUUCAACUAGAUGUUCAUGCUCAUCAUUUCCAUAUAACUGUAAUAAUAGAUGCGUUCAGUUUGGAAAUUCACUUUCAUUCGAGGUCUUUAAUGCUGGUAAAAAAGGUUUUGGCUUACGGUGUGUAGAGCAGAUUGAAAAGGGCCGUUUUGUUAUUGAAUAUGUUGGAGAAGUAAUAGGUGAAGACGAAGUUGUAAGACGUCAAACAGACGUAAAUUACGUUCUCACAAUCAAAGAAGUAUUCCAAGAUCACACAGAAGUCACUUAUAUUGAUCCAUCACUACGUGGAAAUUUAUCACGCUUUAUAAAUCACAGUUGCAGUCCAAACUUAGCUAUAGUACUUGUAAGGUGUGGUACUCCACAGGUACACGUUGGUUUAUUUGCACUUCGCGAUAUACCUGCGUACGAAGAGCUCACAUAUAAUUAUGGCGACAUAACCUCUGAAUUUAAUUUGAAAAAAUGUUUUUGUGGCACCACUUUUUGCCGAUUGUACCUUCCAACUGCCCGAACCGCAAUUUCUUAA